AAAGCCAGCUCUCUCUACAGAUACAGCCCUCAACACACACACACAGAAAUGGGCACUGUGAACAGGAGCAAGACCUUUCCUGGUCUGGAAAUCAACCUGAUUCUGUUUUAUGCAGGCAUUGUGGGUGCCUGCACUGUCUCUGUUGUGCAGCCAGGUCACCUGGAGGUGGACUACACCUACACGGCUGUCACCAUAGAGUGCACCUUCUCCACAACUGGAUGCCCUUCACAGCAACCCCUGAGCCUGUGGUUUCGCUACGGCGUUCACCAGGCUGAGAGCCUCUGCUCGGCUGGAUGCAGAAGUGCAGCAGAUAAAUUCACAGUGAGGGAAGCCCUGGACCAGAACCAAGUUUCUCUCACUGUCAACAGGGUGACUCCAAAUGACAGUGCAGUUUAUAUCUGCGGAAUAGCAUUUCCUAAUGCACAGGCACCGACAGCUAAGCAAACUGGAGGUGGGACCACACUGGUGGUAAGAGAAAGCAAGCUUCUCAGCAAGGAACUGCAGGGUGUCUUCACAGCACUCUUAGCAUUGCUCUCAAUCUACGUUACUGGCAUAUGUGUGAUCUUCACAGUUCUCUCCAAAUCAAAAUCUAACACUCUAAACAGCAAAGAAACAGAAGAUUCACAAAAGAAGAAAAGUGCUCGGCGUAUUUUUCAGGAAAUUGCUCAAGAACUAUACCAUAAGAGAUAUGUGGAAACAAGCCAACAAUCUGAGAAAGACAACACUUAUGAAAACAGAAGAGCACUUUCCAACUAUGAGAGACCAUAGAUACAUCUUAAUUUUCAAUCAAGUUACUGAAAAUCCAACUGCUGAAGCUAUGGUGGGUGCUGUGAACGGACCACACACCAAUCAGCUCUCCAAAAAACAAUCCAAGAUGAAUAGAAAAGAAACUAGCUGGCUGCAAAAAAGAAUGCCAGAGUAAUAAGGAAGCUACAACUAACAGAAAUUUUAAAAAUACAAAAAUCCAACACAAUGUAACUGAAAAAUAUUUUCCUAAUUUGCCAAGAAAAUUCUAAAUGAUAAAACAUUUUCAAAAAACUUCAGCCUAACAUUUUCAAAAACUUCUAUACUAUGUAUCCUGUUUGCUUCAUUCAACAUGUGAGGUUUUGGAACGGAUGUCAUCCUGAAGAAGACUGGAAAUCAAACUGCAUGUCUCAAUGUUAAGUGGAAGAAAUACUUUUACAUAUGAGACAAUCAGAAUCAGCAAGGAAGGGGAAAGGGAGAGUGAAAAGUGCCAGUAUUUGAGGUUGAGAAAUUCAUUUUGAAAAGCACUGUGGAGCAAAACUUAUUUCUUCUGGUAUUAUAACAAUACAAUGGUAUGGUAGACAUUCCUGCCAGCGUAUACAAAAUAACUUAUAUCCGGUUACCAACAAAAAUGAGAAUAGAAGAGAGACUAGCAUGGGAGGGAGGUGAGAGGAAGGGGAAGUAAAAAGGAUGAAGAUUUGAUAGGUGCAUGUACCUGUUCCCCACGAUAAAUAUAUUAAUUAUGUAUUACAAACACAUACUAGUAAAAAGGAGGUAUUAAAAAGCAAUAAAGAAAAAAGAAUAUAAAUAAUGUACCAAAAUACAGAAAAUCCAAAGCAGAAGGUUAAAUGGAGAAAAUCUCAGGACAAAUGAGCUACAGCUGACUCUAGAUGUCAGUGUUGCACCGAAGGACAGCACCAGGGAAGUCCAGGGCCUCUGACCGACUGCGCAGGACCUUUGCAACACUGAUUUUUAACCAAUUUAGGAGGGAAGCAUCAGACAGGGACUGGUACAGAGAAGAUACUACGGACAUCAUCACUUCACUAAAAAAAUGUAAUUUGGAUUAUUCUUUGAAAGCUUAGUUGUAAACAAUCUAAAAUACCCAUGAUUAUACAUUUAUUAUUACACAUGAAUUAUAAUGCAUUAUGUUUCAUUAAGGUGUUUCUUUUAUGCUGGCAUUAAAUGAGACAUAUUCUUUUUAAAACCCAGACAUAAUUUUAAAACAUUUUCAGAUCCUUUUAGAAGCAUUUUACACACUAACAACUCAAAUAAUCGAUAUCAAACCUGUCUCAUAACACAUGCCCAGAAAAACAGAAAAAUGGAGCAUAUAGCCUCAUUUUAUUUCUGUGUACACACGUGCUGUGUGCAAUGCAUGCGUGUAUGUACAUUUGUAUAUGUAUGCUUUGUGUAUAUCUCAUAUACAAAUAAAGCAAUGGCAUAAACAGCAGCAUAAAUAAAAAUGUUAAUAUUUUCUCCUUA